GACAAUGCCGCCACGAAACCUAGCCCUUGUAGCCAGCUUCGCAUCACGUAUCCUAAUGAUCUAGGUAAAAACUUCGCAUAGAAACAGUGGAACCAUAAAAGUGGCCUCCGUUAAUAACCCCGCCCAUGACAGGUUUUACGUUUGAAGACGGAAGCAAACAUGUCAUUGCAUGGCAAGCUCCUGAAGAGUACAAGCAAGUCAAUAUAACGCUUCGGUCCGACCUCGAAAGAACAGAUGUGGCUCACAUCGGCCUCUUUGAUGCCAAGCGUGGUGCAACCGAUGAAGUCGCCUUUAAUCUCAACGGGCAUCAGCCAGGAAACCAUCAUAUCGUGCUUGAAAGUGUCGACCAACCUACCCAUUGUAAAUACAAUUCGCUCGAGUUCAAGAUUAACAAACGCUCGGAUACACCUUCGACAAAGACUCCUGAACCUCAUAGCAACGCGCCUCUCGACAAUUCCGCCACGAAACCUAGCCCUUGUAGUCAGCUUCGCAUCACGUAUCCUAAUGAUCUAGGUUAUGCGUUUGAAGACGGAAGCAAGCAUGUCAUUGCAUGGCAAGCUCCCGAAGAGUACAAACAAGUCAACAUUACACUUCGGUCCGAUCUUGAAAGAACAGACGUCGAUCACAUCGGCCUUUUUGAUGCCAAGCGUGGUACAACCGGUGAAGUCGCUUUUAAUCUCAAUGGGCACCAGCCAGGAAACCAUCAUAUUGUGCUUGAAAGUGUCGGUCAACCUACCCAUUGUAAAUAUAAUUCGCUCGAGUUCAAGCUUAACAAACGUUCGGAUACACCUUCAACAAAGGCUCCUGAACAACAAACGGCUCACAUGAACGAUCAAGAGCUGGAUCAGCUGGUAGAAAGUAUCAAGCACAGUCAAGCCAGCCAUGCCAACGCAGGCGAAGGAAUCGAACACUCCUCUGAUGAUUUGGAGCAACUGGUACGAGACAUCAAGAAAAAUGCUGCGGAGAACGCACAUUUAGCCGAGGAAUUGGACGCCAUCGUCAAUGAUUUGAAGAAGGGUUCAUCGUCAUCAUCCAAAACAAACCAUAUGGACGAUGCUAAAUUGGAUGCCCUUGUGGAAAAUAUCAAGCAUGGUUCCUCUCAAGCAUCGCACUUGAACGAUCAGGAAUUGGACGCUAUUUUGAAUGACCUCAAGCAUAACGAUCAAAAGGCGUCGACUCAUCUCAACGACCAAGAGCUUGAUGCGAUUGUCGAGAAUAUCAAACAUGCAAACAAGCAACCCAGUCAUCUCAACGACCAGGAACUUGAUUCCAUUAUGAACGGCAUUAAACACACCAGCAACCGACCUAACCAUGUCAACGAUCAGGAACUCGACGAAAUUGUCAACGAUAUCAAACACAAAGGCAACAAGCAUACGGCUACGCACGAUGAUAAGAACUGGAAUGCCAUGAUGGAUGAAUUGGACUCUUAUUUUGAUCAGAAUUCGAACGCCAACAAAGGUCAUUCCAACGAAGCUCCUGCGGUCAGCCCCACCAAGCAAGAAAGUGACAACCAGCAUACCAGCUUUGAUGCCUAUAUUGCCAGUCUUGAUCAAGAUUACACCAAGUACAUUGACAAAAAUAAGCAGACGGAAACGCAAGUCGUCACCCACAAGAAUGAGGUGAACGAUGCCGCCGCUUUCGCUCGACCUGUCUCCAACAAGGCUUUGGCCGCUGAUUUAGACCAAUUGGGAAGCAAGCAUGCCAACAGCCAUGACAACUCCCCUUAUUUCACCGAUGAUGAUCGACGUACCACUCAGAGUGGCCAUACCAAUGAGUGGAACAGCCAAGGAGCUCCCACGCCCCAUAACAAUGCCGAAUGGCACGAAGACGCUCCACUGAAUGAUUGGCAAACCGAGGACUUUGACGUUGUCAGCAACACUCCAUCGCAAGUAAAUGAAAACCAUAGCAAUGAAUGGGCCUCUGUUGAUACCGCUGCUAUCCCUGAUCAUUCCAACGAAGGUGAAUGGAGUGCCGAAGAGCAUGCCACUGAAGAACCGGCGGUGAGCGACGAGACGCACUUGAAUGAGUGGGUCGCAGAAGAAGACCCUACUGAGCAUUUGAAUGAAGGUGAAUGGUUCAGCGAAGUGGUGGACGGAACCACAGAUGCCUGGAACGGUGACGGUCAAGCAUCGGACGCCUCUGCUCAUGCCAACGAUAACGAAUGGUUAACGGCUGAGGAAGAACACUUGAACGAUUGGGUCUCAGAAGAAGCCCCUGCUCACACCAAUGAAUGGAGAGAUGAAAGUAUCAACAUUCCCGAUCACAGUAAUGAAGGCGCUUGGGAAGAAGAAGAAAUUAAAAGCACCACCAACGAUCACAAGAACGUAGGCUGGACGGAAGACCACGUGAACCAACCUGUUACCGACUCGGUUUGGGAAGAAGACAGCAGUGUUCCUGUUUCCCCAGCGGAAGACUUUUACAUUCGCUAAGAAAAAGCUACUCCAUCGAUUCAAUGAUACAUCUGUGAUCCAAUAAUUGAUCACCCAUACCCCUUUCCUAUAUUUCUUAUCCCAUUUUCCUCGGUUUUGUCCUUUUUGCCCGUGGUGGUUUCCGACCAUUUGGAUUAUCAAAAAUCCUUGUUAUUUUACCUCUUUUAUUUUUUUAUUUUUGAAUAAAAUAUAUCUUCCCAUUGAAUAAACAAUAA